CGCCUUUUAAAACCAAGCCUAUGUAGUGACAAAUCAGAUUCGGGCCUAGAACAAUAUGUUUAAGGUCUAGACUUUUUUGAAAAUCAAUUCAAAGACUUGUUGAAAAGAAUCGUUGUAAAUAUUUAACGAUAACAUUAAAAGUUAAAAAAGUUUAACAAACUUGUUUAAUAGUCGUGAGCCGCUUUAAAAACAAAAAAUUAUUUUAUGCUUUGCCAGCUUUAUAGAAAUUUAAAGUAGAAAAUGGCAGAAGACGAGGAGGCGUCUGCAAUAGAAUCAUGUUAUUUGACAGAAAGCCAUGAAAUCAGUCACGAAAUCAAAGAAGAUAAUAAUAUGGUUAUAUGUAUUGAACAAGAAAUAAACAUUCAAAAUCAAUCACUAGCUGAAGAUGUGCCUGCAGCUCAUGCAUAUGAAACUGAAGAUGUACUCACAGCUCAUGCAAAUGAAGAAGUUGUUCCUUUAAAUCUUUCAAACAAAAGUUCUGUUGAAGAUACAUCAAAAGCUGAAGACAAUAAGAAUAAUGACAAUUUAGAAAAUAACAAUAAAAAGCAGAAAAGUCCUACUUUGCAUAAUAAAACACAGUCUCCGCAUGUUUUUAAAAAAAGUCUAACUGCAGAUGAGUUAAGAUCAAAAAAAAGAAUUAAUGAUUCUAAAACCAAAGAAGAAGAGCGAAGAGCUGCUGUUUUACAACGAAAAAAGAAAUUAGAAGAUGAAGAAAAAGCACGAAAAGAAGCUAUAUAUAAAAGACUGUCUGCUAACACUGCUCCUGUAGAUGCUUCUGCAAUACGGAAAAAAUAUUCUUUGUCUACAUCCAACUUGUUGCAGUUGCGCAAAAAUAAACAGGUAGAAAAUAAUAAUGAUAAAAAACCUACUGAAAAGCAGAAAGUAAUGCAACGACCUCAAUCUUCUGCUUCUACUAGCAAUCUUUUAAAGUCCAAGGAUAAGAUUAAGACUUUUGAUAAUAAACAGUCAACAACAGUGACUGGAAAAGACAAUGUUGCCAGGUCUCCUACCACUCGAUUAAAUCAACGACCAUCUACUGCAUUAGGAAUAUCUACUUACGAUAAAAAAACACCUCAAUCAACACCGUUAAGUGAAAAGAAAGUAAAAAAGGAUAAAGAUGUUGAAAGACCUUCAACUGCUCCAAAAACAUUAAAAUCUAAAUCUGAUAGUACAUCACCACCAAAAAAAAACGAUUCAGUGGUAAGACCUAAGUCUGAUAGCUGUCCUCCACAACAUAGCUCUACCCCUAAGAAGGUAACAUCGCCUAUUUUAAACUCAAAAAAUUCUGUUUCAAAUAAAAGUCCUCCAGAUGUAUUAUUAGCAGAAGGUGUAUCAGACACAAAAAAAGUUACUAAAGUAUCAAAAACUGGCAUAAAAUCUUCAGAAUCGAAAGCUUCUGAAUCUAAGACAAAGUCUAAAAUUUCUGAUAAAUCUAAUAAAUUAGUUGUAGAAACAAAUAAACCAAAUUUAGAACAAUCAAAAACCAAACCUAAACUAAAUGUUAAAAAUAAUGGUAAAGUCAUGAAAAAUGAUUCAGAAGCUAAUAGUAAAGCAGCUAAGACUGAAGAAGAAGCGAAAAAGGCUCUUGCAGAGCACCGCAGGAAAGCAAAAGAAGAAGCUGAAGCUAAAGCUAAAGCAGAUAAAGAAAAAGAAGAAGCAGAACGUUGUCGUCGUGAAGAAGAAGAGAGAAAACUAGCUCAACAGUUAGAACAAGAGGAAGCUCUCCAAAAUGCUUUACUUGAAGAGUUACGACAAGAAGAAGAAGAAAGGCGUAAAAAAAUGAUAGAAGAGAAGGAAAAACGUGAGAGAGAUGAAAAAAUAAGAUUAGAAGAAGAACAGAGACUUAGAGAUGAGGAAAUUGAGCGCAAAGCAAAAAUUGAGUUAGAAAAGCACUUGAAGGAUCAAGAAUUAAAAGAACAAGAACUGGAUGCAGAACGCAUUGAAAGAAAAAAGAGAGUGGAAAUGAUAAUGGCCAGGGUAUCUGCAAAACGUUUAGAUCAGACUAAUGACUCGCCUACUUCUGUACAAAAUACAGUCCAAACUGAAGAAAAUACCUAUUCAUUAGAGAUUAAUCCUGAAAAUGAAACAACAAAUUUAAAAGUUGAGCAAAGUCCUCAUCCAGACAACUUGCUUGAAGAUAAGAUUCAUUCAGUAUCUGAUCCAUUAAAUAAUACAAAUAAAACUUUAAAAAAUGAUACAUUGAACCAGGUUGAUUUUCCUGUUCAUUUGUUAUUAGACAAUUCUGAUAUUACGAGUAAUGAUUAUAAUAUAACAAAUACUUCAAUUGUCUCUGUUAUAACGAAUGAUGAAAAAGUAGGACCAUAUCAUGUUGAAGUAUCAAGUAACAAUAAUACAGUUAUUCAAAACGGAGAUGCACAUAAAGAUAUUACAGAAAGUUGGAACAAAUUAGAGCAUCACAUGAAAGAAAUGCAAAUGGAUACGAUAACUCCUAGUGCGGAAGAAAAGAAACUUUGGAAAAUUGUGGAAGGUUCCGUGGAUAUUUCUGAAUGUUUUUAAUGGAUUAUCAAGUAAGCAGUAAAAAUUCGAGAAAGAAAACGAAAAGAGUUUAAUAUUUUUCACAAUGAAAAGUUUUGUUAGUUUUAUAUAGUUUUAAAAUGGAUUUAAAAAAUAUUUUUUUGAAUUCUCUUUAUCUCCAUAAUAUUCAUACAAGGUUUUCAAAUAAUAUACUAAAGGCAAUAUUUAAAAUUUAUACCCUCUUUUUAUUUAUACCCACUUGUCCUCCCCAUCUCCAGAAACGAUAUUUUUGAGAAACUGAAUCAAUUUUUUUUUUUAUUGGUUCUAUUGGAUCAAUAGUAAAAAACUUUUAAUAUGUGCAUAUGUUAUGUUAUAUAAGCGGGUGAAUAGAAGCGUUUUGUUUUUGAUUUUGUAUAUUUAUAGUGUGCAUGGCUUACUGGUGCACUUCUUUAACGUUUUUACUUACUAAGUUAAUAUGAUUUAUUGAAACUUAGUGCACUAGUAUUUUUUCACUUUCAAAAAGUAUGUAUAGUUUUUUUAAUGAUUCUUAUUGAGUUUCAUUUUUAUACUUGUAAUUUUUUUGCGUAGCUGCUACAUGUUUUUAUGUAAUAUAAUUUCAUUAUGGAAAAAAAAAGUUUUUCAGUUUUA